UUUUGGAUUGUCACAGGUCUCAUGGCAGAGGACCCAACAACGACAUAUUAUGGACUAAAAAACAGCUCAGUGUGUCUGAAUGUUAAGAAAUUGCCAGAAUAUGAACAUGUCGAAUGGAAAUUUAACAAGACAAUUAUUGCUGAUGAUAGAAAAAUCAAUCCAAAAUACAAAGAGAGAGUGGUUUAUAGUGCUGGAAACCUCUCUCUGUGUAUUAAUAACCUGGGUGAUACAGAUGCUGGGAUAUAUGAAGUCUCAUACAGCCAAAACUUUAUUACAAUGUCAGAGAAACAUCAAGUCAUUGUUCAAGAUGUGGUUCCCACACCUGUCAUUAUAAUGUCAAAGCUUGGCUCCAACCAGUCUGCUGGACUCUGCAGUAUCACAGUAAACUGCUCCAUCCAGGAUUAUUCGCUUUGGUCUGUUUGUGAUGAAGACGGCUGCAGAACAUCCCAGAAAUCAUUCAGUGAGGUCAACAUCACCAUCUUCACUGAGAACAGAGCUGUGGUCUGCAGAGGCAACAACCAUGUUAGCACAAAUAAAGCUUCUGAAAACUUAACACUGUGUUUUAUAUCUAAUAAAGAUGAAGAGAAAUCACAAAAACUCAUACUAAAAGGAAUACUUAUUCCUGUUUCUGUAUUAAUUAUCCUCGGAGCAUUUUCCUUCUUUUUAGCUAAAACAAAAUACAAAUCCUACCAGUCUAGAGUCUCUUAUUCCAAUGAUCCUGACCCUGUUUAUGAGAGCGUGGACGUCUUUCAGUCCAUACAGACCAGCAGCCCAAGAGAGGAAAUGAUCUCCAUGGAAAGCCACAAAGCAGAUACCAUCUACAACUGUCCAGAAGUGACGGCCACCAUGGAGGAGGCCCUCCAAACAGACUGA